AUGCAGCCAGAAGAGCUUCAAUCAUUUCUUGAACAUGACUUUCAUCAAGCUGGAUUAUAUGGUCCGAAAAUGGCUUCUUCUCCUUGUGAUGUACAUGACUUCUACUCCUCUAUCACCUCCCCAGAGGACUCCAUGAUCUCCUCAGAAUCGUACUUUCAGACCAUGUCCUCUUGCAACUUUAGCACUUUAUCUAAUUUGGAUGACGAUAUGCAAGUAUUGGUCCCUAUUGAGAAUAUUUCGCAACAUGUCCUAGGGAUUGAAGGUAUUUCAGGCAAUGAACUUGAAGAUGUAUUGAGAUGGUGGGGUGAAAGUGAAGAAAUGGACAAUAUUUCCUCAGAAGAUUCCAUGCACAACGUAGGUGUCUAUGGUAGUCCAUUUACAAAAUCCAGUGACACCACAAUGAUGUUGCCACCCGAUGACAUGGAAGUUGAAGGUGAAACAAGCUUUUAUCAUCUACUCAAUGCUUAUGGAGAAGCCAUGGAGAUGGGACAAAUAGAACUAGCAAACGUGAUUAUUGGAUGCAUAAACGAGAAAGCUAGCCCACUAGGUGGAACCAUGGAACGUGUUGCAUUCAACCUGUUUCAUUCAGGAGCACAAGGCGACUACAUAAAACAGGAGUCAAAGAAGAAUUUCAAUGCAGCAUUUAAAGCUUUCUACGAAAUCUUCCCCUAUGGGAGAUUUUCUCAUUUUGCAGCCAAUUCAGCUAUUCUUGAAGCAAUCAUGAGCAAUUCACGGAAGAUACACAUCAUAGAUUUUGACAUGGGUGAGGGUGUUCAGUGGUCUGCAAUGUUCGAGGCUAUUGGAAAGCUAGGAAAAGACACUAAGUUGACAUCCAUUAGAACUAAAGAGCAAAGUCACAGUUUUGCGGAGACAAAAAUUCGGCUUCUAAAUUGUGCAAGUGCUUCCAAGUUAAAGUUAAAGGUCCAAGAGAUGACGAUUGAGGAUUUGAUGAAAGAGAUUGAAGGAUCACAAGAGUAUGAAUUCUUGGCCUUCAAUUGUAUGGUUGGACUACCACACAUGGGAAGGACAAGGAAUAGAUGUGAAGUGAUGGAGUUUCUACGGGUGGCAAAACAACUAUUAUUGAUGAGGGAAGGAAUUAUAAUCUUUGGUGAUGGAGAAGAUGUUGAAAGAACAAAAUAUUGUGGCAAUUACAGUUCGUUCUUCAAUGAAUACUUAAUGCAUUACUAUGCGCUCUAUGAGUCAAUGGAACAAAACUUCCCAGAGAACCUUACAGAAGCAAGAAUAGCCAUGGAGUCGCUUUUCGUUGCACCAUAUGUUUCAUCUCUCUCUUGGCAUCAAAAGUGGGAGAAUAUCAGGGAAGAAGGUGAAUUCAAAGAAAAUCUUGGGUUAAUGGGGUGGAGGCUGAGCAAAGAGAGUGUGAUUGAAGCUAAAGAAAUGGUAAAGGAAAGUCAGAGCUCAUACAAUAUUAGGGUUGAAGGAAAAAAUGGGAAUGAAAUGGUCCUGGAAUGGAGAGGAACUCCAUUGGUAAGAGUUUCUUCUUGGGGAUAUAAAAGAUAA